AUGACUCUUGAGAUACUUUACAUCAAGGUCAAGCGGCUGAAUAGCAAUCCUGCCUUUACCCUAGCUGCGAUGGAGGAUUAUGGCUUUAUUCGACCUGGCUUUAAAUUUCUAGUAGCUGGCGAUAUCUUUACUAAAGAGGAAGUGCUUCUUUGGUUUGCACUCGCUAAGUACUGGCACCUGAACCGCUUGUCUAAGAAGAAGAAGAUACGCCUGGUUCUUAAUUCUUCUGUCAAGAAGAAGAAGACCUAA